AACACAGUUGGAUACUUGAGUGGUUAUCAGCUUUCAGAAUCCAAAAGCAUUGCCAUGAUGAAAUUCUUCGCUCUGUGUUUUUUCGUUAUAUCUUUGAUAAACAUACCAAUUGCCGAUGCUAGAAUUCGUCACUACAAAUGGGAGCUCAAGUAUGAGUACAAAUCCCCUGAUUGCUAUAAGAAGCUGGUCAUUACAAUCAAUGGAAGAACUCCUGGACCCACAAUCCUUGCAAAGCAGAAUGACACAGUUAUUGUUGAGGUCAAGAACAGUUUGUUAACUGAGAAUACAGCAAUUCAUUGGCACGGAAUUCGUCAGAUUGGAACACCUUGGUUUGAUGGAACAGAAGGAGUCACUCAGUGUCCAAUUCUGCCUGGAGACACUUUCGUAUACAAGUUUGUUGUUGACAGGCCUGGGACAUACUUAUAUCAUGCCCAUUAUGGAAUGCAAAGAGAAGCUGGGAUAUAUGGAUCGAUUCGGGUAGCGCUUCCCGAUGGAGAAUCCGAACCCUUUGCUUAUGAUUAUGAUCGGAGCAUCAUCCUUACUGAUUGGUAUCACAAGAGCACGUAUGAACAAGCUACAGGAUUGUCUUCAAUUCCCUUUCAGUGGGUUGGGGAGCCUCAGUCACUUCUGAUACAAGGAAAGGGAAGAUUUGACUGCUCCGCUGCCAAUCCUCCCCUGAAAGCUGAUGUCUGCAAUAAUACAAGUCCUGAAUGCUCUCUUUAUUCUACGACUGUAGUCCCUGGAAAAACAUAUCGGCUUAGGAUUAGUAGCUUGACUGCUUUAUCAGCUCUUAGUUUCCAGAUAGAGGGUCACAGCCUGACUGUUGUUGAAGCUGAUGGUCACUAUGUUGAGCCAUUUGUGGUAAAGAAUUUAUUCAUAUACUCCGGCGAGACAUACUCAGUUCUAGUGAAAACUGACCAAGACCCUUCAAGAAAUUAUUGGGCUACUACAAAUGUUGUUAGCAGAAAUGCCACUACUCCACCAGGCUUAGCCAUUUUCAACUACUAUCCAAACCAUCCCAGGAGAUCCCCUCCGACGAUUCCUCCUUCCGGGCCAAUGUGGAACGAUAUUGAGCCGCGGUUUAAUCAAAGUGUUGCCAUUAAGGCUCGCAAAGGCCACAUAUAUUCCCCUCCUGCAACCUCCGACAGGGUCAUAGUCUUCUUGAACACACAAAAUCGGGUAAAUGGUAAUGUCCGGUGGUCAGUUAAUAAUGUCUCUUUCAAUAUUCCUCAUACACCUUACUUAAUUGCGCUCAAGGAGAAUUUGCUUCAUACCUUCAGCCAAACCCCACCUCCUGAAGGUUAUGAUUUCAAAAAUUAUGACAUUUUUGCUAGACAAAAUAACACCAAUGCUACUACUAGUGAUGCCAUCUACAGGCUUCAGCUCAAUUCAACAGUGGAUAUUAUUUUGCAAAAUGCAAACACUAUGAAUCCCAACAAUAGUGAAACACAUCCAUGGCAUCUUCAUGGACAUGACUUUUGGGUCCUAGGCUAUGGAAAGGGCAAGUUCGAUCCUAUUAAUGAUCCAAAGAACUACAAUUUGGUCGAUCCAAUUAUGAAGAAUACGGUGCCGGUUCAUCCUCUCGGCUGGACAGCUUUGAGGUUUAAGGCUGACAAUCCUGGAGCUUGGGCAUUCCAUUGCCACAUUGAGUCACAUUUUUUUAUGGGCAUGGGAGUGGUAUUUGAAGAAGGUAUAGAGAGGGUUGGAAAAUUGCCCUCAUCUAUCAUGGGCUGUGGCGAAACCAAACACUUACUCAAGCCAUAGUUGUUCCUGCGGACACUAUUAUACUACAAAUCCUUAGGAGGACUCAAGAAAUUUAUUCGAAUGUUAUGGCUUAGAGACUGAAUUGGUUUUCUUUUGUUGUUCACGGACUCCAACAAAACAAAAAUUACAUUAUUCUUUGGUUGUACAUGAUUUUCUUGUCAUUUCUUUGUAAAUUAAAAGCUUUGUCAUUUUCUUGUUAAACUUUUUUUUUUUUGUAAUGGUUUGCCUUCAUAAUGAGAUAUAUUUGACUCUUCUCUUGACA